AUGUCAACUCGAGCCACCCCCAUCCUUGUUGGCGUCGGCGAUGUUCGGAACAAGUCCAACAAGCCAGAAGAUGCCAUUGAGCCGUCGAAAAUGAUGAUCCGCGCCAUCCUAAGCGCUGCGCAAGACACCGGCCUCGAUGCCGGCGCCCAGAAACAGCUGCUCGCUGAUGCAGAUGGCUUGCGCAUCAUCCCGACGUGGACAUGGGCUUACAACGACUUGCUGAGUACCGUCGCGGAUGGCCUGGGGAUCAAGCCGACGACCAAGGUGAUGCCGACGCACGGCGGCAACCAGCCCGCCCUGCAGUGCGAUGAAGCGGCUAGGGCCAUCGCCGACCGCAAGAGCAAGGUGGCCAUCUUGACGGGCGGCGAGGCAAUGGCGUCCCGUGCUGGUCCGCGACACUCGGUUGGCCUGCCCAUCCACGUGUAUCCUCUGUAUGAGAAUGGUCGCCGUGCGCAUCUGCGCCAGACUGCGCAGCAGAACAAUCAGGAGUCGGCCACCCUGUAUGCCUCAUUCGACGAGAUUGGCUCCAAGAACCAAUAUUCCUGGAACUAUGGCGAGAAGCCCAAGUCGGCUGAAUUCAUCGGCUCCGUCUCCAAGCGGAACCGUAUCAUCUGCGACCCUUACCCGCUGCUGAUGAAUGCCUUUAACGGUGUUAAUCUGUCCGCUGCUUGCAUCCUGACAUCGACAGAGCACGCCGAGAAGCUGGGUAUCCCCAAAGACAAGUGGGUGUAUAUUCUUGGUGGCGCCGGCACUCAUGAAAAGGAUAACUUCUGGGAACGACCUGGGUUUGCUAGUAGUCCAGCCAUUACAAACUCUCUCGAUUCUGCGCUGCAGGUAUCUGGCCUGACAAAGGACCAGAUUGGCGCCUUUGACUUUUAUUCAUGCUUCCCUAUUGUUCCCAAGCUUGCAUGCGACCAUUUCGGACUCUCCCCGACCAGCCCAGAGAAGCCAAUUUCGCUGCUCGGCGGACUCACAUCCUUUGGAGGCGCUGGCAACAACUACUCUAUGCAUGCGCUCACGGCCAUGACGCGUGAGAUUCGUAGCCGCAAGUACAAAAACGGCUUGAUCCUUGCCAACGGCGGCAUGCUCACGCACCAAUACGCCGUCUGCCUCUCCGCGCAACCGCGCCGGGACGGACGAGACUAUCCCUCCAAGAAUCCGCUGCCGCUCGUCGUGCCAGAUCCGGCGCCACCAUUCGUCGAGGACGCCAACGGCCCCGCCACCAUUGAGACUUACACGGUUGAAUAUGAUCGCUCGGGGGCACCCAGCCUCGGACACGUUGUCGGAAGGCUUAAGACUGGCGAGCGCUUCCUGGCGAACCACGGCGAUGAAGCUACGCUGGAGAGGCUCGCCCAGCGCUCCGCGGAGCACAUCGGCGAGGCCGGCGUCGUGCGCAAGGAGGACGACAGGAAUCUCUUUUACUUUGCCGCCAAGCCGAACCUGUAG